CCAUUCACAAAUCAUUCACUCACCAUUUCUCCAAGAAUACAUUUAUUUAUUUUUCACAAUGGCUUCCAAGAAGUUUUUCUCUACUCUUGCUCUUUUCCUUUCCCUUAACCUAAUUUUCUUCACAUUUGUUUCAAGUUGUAACACUUGUCCUAAACCUAAACCAAAACCAAAACCAAAACCAUCAUGUCCACCACCACCAUAUGAACCAAAAUACAAAACUUGUCCAAUUGAUACCUUAAAAUUAGGUGUUUGUGCAGAUGUUCUUGGAUUAGUUAAUGUUGUUGUUGGUUCACCACCAGUCACACCUUGUUGUAGUCUUAUUUCUGGACUUGCUGAUGUUGAAGCUGCCAUUUGUCUUUGUACUGCUCUUAAGGCUAAUGUUUUAGGGAUUAACCUUAAUGUCCCUAUUUCAUUAAGCUUGCUUCUUAAUGUUUGCUCCAAGAAAGUUCCUUAUGGAUUCCAAUGUCCAAAUUAGUUGAAUUGUUUCUUUUAAAGUUUUAAAAAAGAUAACAUCAUCACCGACUCUACAAAGUCAGAAUUAAAUCGAUCUUUUUGUGUUGACUUUUUGUAAUUCAUUCGUGAAUAAUAAUUUAAGGGUGCUUCCCUUUUCAUUGUUUGUAUUUUGGUGGGGUGGGGGUGGGGAUUGAAAUGGAAUUGUGGGUUGUGCAUAAGUGUUGAUUAGUAAGUGUCUUAUUUAUCAAUUGAAAGUUGUUUAUGGUUAAGAUUGUAUUCAAUAAGUUUAUUUUCUUGGACAAAAAAAUAAUAUAAUUUCUAUAUAUUUUGCA